AUGCCACCCAAAUCUUCAGGAUUUGACGGUAGCGGACGCAUAAGAGGUCGUCCGAGUGGUGUUGGUGGGCCUUCUCUCUCGCUAGUCCCACUGAAUGCAGCCAAUAAAGUAGUUGCACACAAGACACUUCCUCCACUUAAGAAGGGUACAUCUUUUCCAUUGGCAGUUUGGCCUUCGAGACAACGACAUAUUCUGGGUAGCUCCAAAGCUCCACUUGCAGUUCAACUAGAAGCUUUUGUACGAAGGGAACAUAGAUUGUAUGUACAAGAGCAUCGAGACUGUACUCAUAGUGAUACAUUGCAUAUAGUAAGAGAGGCAUUUUCUGUUAUUAUUGAACAUUUUCUUGAGUACAGAGAAAUACUCUCCUUUGUUCGAGACGAGUACGAGGCAACAUUUGAAGAGAUUGCUGAAGAACUAAAACGUCUACGUGCGAUCCAACUUGAAAAUGAAAGUGAUCGUAGUCUUCAUGCGAUGGAACUUUUAAGACAACGUGAAGGUUUUACAACUGUUAUUAGUAAUCAACAGGCUCAACUGCAAGCAACUCAAGGAUUAAUACAUUCUUUACGAGAACAAGUUGCAACAUAUGAACAGUCUAAUAACACACUUAUGGCUAAUUUAGAAAUUAAAAGAAAGGAAUGUGAAGAAGCUAUAGAAAAAGCAAAAAUGAUUUCAAAUGCCAUGAUAGAAGAAGCAGCUCGAAAUGCUCGUUUUAUUGCUAUUCAUAAUGCCGAUAUGAGAGAGAUAGGACGUUUAGAUGCUCAAGUGGCAUCUUUGAAGGAUAAACUAGAGGAUGCUGAUAAACGUUUUAAUGUUCUAGUACGACAAAUGAUGUUUGGUACUACACGACCAACAAGUUGGAGAAGAACUGGAAAAGAAGUUACAACUCAAAUUUCCACAGAAUUAGAUGAACUUCCAAACCAUGAAAAGAAUGAUACAGCUCCGUCUGUUGCUGCUCUUCAGCGUCGUAUAGAUGAUUUACUCUUUGAUUAUGAAUGUCUUAAAGAACAGACAUCAGGAGAAAAUAAAAAGUCUAUAUCAGAAUCGGAUACACAAUCGAAAGAAGUUACAGUAUCUGAAAAAAAAGAUGUAAAUAUUUCAAAAGAUAUUGCUCUAACUACAUCUAGCGAACUAAUUCAAUCUUGGUUAAGAGAGGAAAAUCUUACAGAAAGAGAAUUAGAUGCACUGGAUUAUUUAUUACCACCAGGCAUUUGGGAAGAAGAUCCUUUAGGUUUCCUUAAAGUGUGUCGUCCUGUUCGUAACCUUCACCUUAAAAAAAAAGAUGUAGUAAGUAUGCUUUGUAAUUUUUGGAAAGAUCGUCAGUUUAAUCGUCAGUUAUUAUUAAAGCAUUACUUUUUGGGGUGGGUACGUGAUAAGGCGGGAACCGAUAGGAGUGCAGAGGAAGUUGGUAUGAAUAUUCUUCAUAUUUGUCAAAUAAACCCUGAUGAUCCUGAUUGUAGAGGAAUGAUAUUAACUCUUCGUUCAUUUCUACCGGAAGAUAUGAUUUUAACAUGGCAAAAAGAUAUUAAUGAAUUAGAAGAGGCAUGUCGUGAAUCUUCCCAUAUCGUUAAUGGAACUGUUGAUACCGCUUUUAUUGUAAAUGCUUUGAGAAUUGUUAUGCCAGAAAAAAGAUACGUACAUAUGUUGCAACUACGACUUUAUCUCUGGCGUCUUAGCAAAGAAACAGGAAGAAUUUCCAUAGACACACUUUUUAACAAGGAUAGUCACUUUGUCUGGAUGUUAAAGAAACAAUUCCUACUUGAGGUAGAAGAAUUUACUCUGCAAGUAGUUGAAAAGGUCCGUUUAGCCUCACCAGAUUCAAAAACCAUUAAAGUUCAGGAUAUUACAGGGACGAUUGCGGCAUUAGAUGAGGGAAUUCCAAAAGGUACACUACACCGUCUGGUCGCAGAGGCAACGCAGUUGACAGCCAUGGAGGUGGCAACAGCAGAUGCGAGUUUCACAGUAAAACUACAACCAAUUCUCCAUAGAUUCCGUAGUUCUGUGUUGUUAAGACGAGCCACACCUCCUGAUGGGGAGGGGGCGAAUUCCAAUCCAUUGGCUCCUGAAAAUGGUGAAUGA